UGUUGGUGUAGGUUGGCCUAGCAAUCCGGAAAUUGGUCUGUGCAGUGAAGGAUGUAUGAUGUCCUUGCUCCCUUAAUUUUGUGAUAACGUCAUUUAAAAAUUCAUUUUGUCUUUAGCGGAGCCCGCUGGUUUUUUUUGUUAACGGUCUUAUUUUGUCUUUCAGAAUUCACGUUAAAAACAAGUCACUAUGCCUCUUCAUAAGUACCCACCUAAAAUCUGGGAUGCCUUGAAACUGAAGCAGGGCAUCUACACUCGUCUCCCUAAACAUUAUCUCCAGUCCCUCGAGCAAAAAGAGCCCACCCCGGUCCACUGGAGGCCACUGGGGGUCCAGUACCGAGCCAACCCAAAGACUGGGAAGAAGGAACGGGUGCAGGAUAUCCCAGUCCCCAUGUACUACCCCCCAGAGUCCCAGAACGGGCUGUGGGGAGGGGAGGGCUGGAUAACAGGCUUCAGAUAUGCCAAUAAUGACAAAAUGUCCAAUCGUCUGAGGAAGACCUGGAAACCCCAGCUGUUCAAGAGAGAACUGUACAGCGAGAUUCUCGAUCACAAGUUCACCAUCACAGUCACAGCUAGCACCCUGGACCUCAUCGAUGCUGCCUACGGGUUUGACUUUUAUAUUCUCAAAACGCCAAAGGAAGACCUGAACUCCAAGUUGGGGAUGGACCUGAAGAGGGCGAUGCUGCUUCGCCUGGCACGCAAAAACUCAGAGCUCUAUCCCAGUGACCCUGUCAAGAGAGAGCAGGUCUAUGAAAAAUACAAGCAGCAGUUUGAGAUCCCAGAAGAGGAAGCAGAGUGGUUGGGUCUGAGUCUGGAGGAGGCCGUGGAGAAACAGAGGCAGCUUGAGCACAAGGAGCCGGAGCCUCUGUUUAAGGUGUAUGUUGAUCAGCUGGUGGAGGAGCUGCAGAUCCAAAAGCUCUCAGAGCCACAUCUCAUAGAGAAGUGAUGAUCUGAACUGUUCAAGUGAAACAGACACAGCUCUUCAGACUGAAAAAGCUUCUCCAGAUGGUGGUGGGAGUUUGAGUCACCAAGGUUCAGAAACUGUUUCAGUACUGAACACACACCCAGGGGAACUUCCUACAGUGUCAACUUGUUUUUCCAUCAGGGAGCGACACAGAGGAUGAGGUCAUGUUGGACUAAUGCUUAUUUAUUUCAGUUCUCUUUUGUCCUCAUGCAUUUUACUUCCAUUGGCAAGGCCCUGAAGGAAUUAGGAAUCGGUUUAAAUAUUCCCUGACGAGCUGAGAUUCAAGACUCUUGUAUAGGAUAUCUAAGGAAUAAAUAUUUUGUUUUCUUAAA